GUCAAUCCUGGCUCUAUAUGGCUAGCGUCGUUUUCAACAGGAGACUACAUCGUUUUCUCCAGCCCAGGCUCCAAAAGGGGCUCGCAGCCGAACAAUCUGCUUAGUAAACCCGGAGCACAGACCACACCUUCCCCGGUUACAGCCCGCUUUGCUCCGUCAUUCCGCUGUCCCAAGCUUUCGAACCUCUUGCUGACCACCCGAAUCAAUUGAACAUCAGCUUUGUUUGUUGUCGCCGACGCCGAACCGCCAAAAAACACCAACCGCACUUUUUCAAAUCUCCGCUCACUUUUCUCACAAUGGGUCUCGUCGACGCUCCCAACAAGGUCCCCCACCAGCAGCGGGUUUACCAGGCUGCCUACCGGGCUCACACUCGUAUCUGGAGAAUCAGCCCCCGCUCCGGCCUCAUGCUCACCCCUUACUACGCCCUCAUGUGGGGUACCUUCGGUGCCUCCAUGUACGCCAUGGGCCGUCAGGUUUGCGGUUACAAGACCUGGUUCGGCAAGAACUAAGCCUACCGCAUAUCAGAUGAUGCAGUUUAGCCGUGGGAAGUGAGGGGAGAUAGAACAAGGCGGGGAUCGAACCUUGGACCACCGCUGGAAACUUGUACAUGUGUGUAGCAAGAGGUUGCUGAGAAACAGCAAUAGAACGG